GUAGCAGUUCGACAAUAGCUAACGGAGCACUUCCCGCAAUGUCCGUAGCUGAUCCAGAACCAAUCGACGGUUCCUUCCCGAACAAGACUCAUGACACGACGUCCGUUUGGGGUGUAUUCAUGAGCUUAUCAACAUACAAUCGCAUCGACGAUAUGUUGCGUUGUAAACGCAGUCUUGCAUCGCAGGCUAUGGAUAGAAGGCGAUGGGAAGAUGAUGUUGAUCUUCUUGCCGCUGCACUUCGCUUCAAGAUCAAUAACUUCGUUUUUACAAGCCUGCGAACAUGGCAGACAUAUUCCGAAGAAGUCGCGAGAUCCUGCUUGCUCCGUAAGUGCUAUUCAAUCUAA